ACGUGGACACUUGUCAAAACAAAGUCGUGUCACUUAUGCUACUUUUCGUACACCGAGUAAUCAUUCGUGUUAAAAAUUUUCAAGAAGUAAGAGUUAGCUUAAACGCACCUGAAACAUAGCCAUGGACAAAGUUGUGAAAUUUGCCGAACCUGGACGCGCUUUCGCCAAGGACUCGAUUCGUCUAGUCAAGCGUUGCACGAAGCCUGACCGUAAAGAGUUCCAGAAGAUUGCCAUUGCUACCGCUAUUGGUUUCUGCAUCAUGGGCUUCAUUGGUUUCUUCGUCAAGCUGAUACACAUUCCCAUCAACAACAUCAUUGUUGGCUCUUAAUUACCAGCGAAUGUGUAUAAGCUCCGGCUCCUCCAUACCGCCGUCGUCGACGGGCAGAGGCAGAAGCAGAACAAUAAUAAUCAUCAAUUUAAAUAGCAUAUUUCUCUUCGCGAUUACUAUAUUUACACAUUCUUUUUUUUUUUUGUUUAUUACAUUCAGCGAAUGUCUUUUGUAACAAAAUUGUCAUGCAUGUGAAAUGUAUUGCUAAAAUUGUUUAAAAUUCCAUUCACAACCAUGAAGUUAGUUAAUAAGCGUCAUAGUAAAAAACCGAAAAUCAAUUGAA